AUGUCCCUGCUUCCUCCCGAGGUCCACACCGCGCUGUCCCAGCUGCUGCGCGCCCUCGGCACCCCCGACAAUUCCAUUCGAUCGCAGGCGGAAGAGCAGUUGAACAAUGAUUGGGUCCAGAACAAGCCAGACGUCCUGUUGAUGGGCCUGGCUGAGCAGCUCGGAGGCGCUGAAGACACAGUAACACGUGCUUUUUCCGCUGUCCUUUUCCGAAGAAUCGCAACCAAAACCCGCAAGGACCCCGCUACUGGUGACGCCAAGGAGAUCUUCCUGAGCCUGCCCAACGAGCAGCGAGUCGCCAUCCGGGAGAAGCUGGUGUCAUGCCUGACCAGCGAGACUGUCCUCGACGUGCGGAAGAAGAUCGGCGAUGCCGUUGCUGAGGUCGCCCGCCAAUACACCGACAAUGGUAUGCGACAGACACCCUGGAAAGAGAAAACGACAUCUUGUGCUGGUACUAACGGAUUCAAUUUUGUUCUUCCAGGCGACCAAUGGUCCGAAAUCCUUAGCGUUCUUUUCCAGGCCAGCCAGUCCCCAGAUGCCGGUCUGCGUGAAACUGCUUUCAGAAUAUUUACGACCACCCCCGCUGUCAUUGAGAAGCAACAUGAGGAAGCCGUGGUCGGCGUUUUCACCAAGGGUUUCGAAGAUGAGAAGAUCUCCGUGCGAAUUGCUGCCAUGGAAGCUUUCGCCGCGAUGUUCCGAUCGAUCAGCAAGAAGUCCCAGGCCAAGUUCUUCGGCCUCGUUCCCUACAUCCUCCACGUCCUUCCUCCUCUCAAGGAAACCAGCGAUAGCGACGAGUUGUCCUCCGCUUUCCUGGCUCUGAUUGAGCUGGCCGAGAUCAGCUCGAAGAUGUUCAAGGCUUCGUUCAGCGACUUGGUCAAGUUUAGCAUCAGCGUCAUUGCCGAUAAGGAGCUGAGUGAUCAGGUCCGCCAGAACGCCCUCGAAUUGAUGGCCACAUUCGCCGAUUACUCUCCCAGCAUGUGCAAGAAGGAACCCAAUUUUGCCCAGGAGAUGGUUACGCAGUGCCUGAGUCUGAUGACCGACGUGGGUGCUGAUGAUGAUGAUGCCGAGGAGUGGAAUGCCUCCGAGGACCUCGAGCCUGAGGAGAGCGAUCUCAACCACAUUGCCGGUGAGCAAUGUAUGGACCGUCUGGCCAACAAGUUGGGUGGCGAGGCUAUUCUCCAACCCGCGUUCUCCUGGAUUCCCCGCAUGAUGUCUUCAACCGCCUGGCGCGAUCGUCACGCCGCUUUGAUGGCCAUCUCUGCCAUCUCUGAAGGUUGCCGUGACUUGAUGGUUGGCGAGUUGGAUCAGGUGCUCGCUCUUGUUACCCCCGCUCUGCGUGACCCCCAUCCUCGUGUGCGAUAUGCAGGCUGCAAUGCUCUCGGUCAGAUGAGUACCGACUUUGCCGGCACCAUGCAGGAGAAGUACCACGGAAUCGUCCUGAACAACAUCAUUCCCGUGCUGAGCUCCCCCGAGCCCCGUGUGCAGUCCCACGCCGCUGCUGCCCUGGUCAACUUUUGUGAGGAGGCAGAGCGCAGCGUCCUGGAGCCCUACCUGGGAGAUCUCCUGGGUCGCCUCCUUGAGCUUCUGCAGAGCCCUAAACGCUACCUCCAGGAGCAGGCUCUCUCGACCAUUGCCACUAUCGCCGACUCUGCUGAGACCGCUUUUGGCCAGUACUAUAACAACCUCAUGCCGCUGCUGAUUAACGUCCUGAAGGAAGAACAGGGCAAAGAGUAUCGCCUCCUCCGUGCUAAGGCCAUGGAAUGUGCCACACUUAUUGCCCUGGCUGUCGGCAAGGAGAAGAUGGGCCAGGAUGCUUUGAACCUGGUGAACAUCUUGGGUAACAUUCAGCAAAACAUCACCGACGCCGACGAUCCCCAGUCGCAGUACCUCCUUCACUGCUGGGGCCGCAUGUGCCGCGUUCUCGGCCGCGACUUCGUUCCCUACUUGCCCGGUGUUAUGCCUCCUCUGCUGACCGUGGCUGCCGCUAAGGCUGAUAUCCAGCUUCUGGAUGAUGAGGACCAGAUUGAGCAGGUCGAGCAAGAUGAGGGCUGGGAGCUGGUUCCUCUCAAGGGCAAGAUCAUUGGUAUUAAGACUAGUGCUCUGGAGGACAAGAACACUGCUAUCGAAUUGAUCACCAUUUACGCUCAGAUCCUGGAAGAGGCUUUCGAGCCCUACGUUCUGGAGACUAUGGAGAAGAUUGCCGUCCCUGGUCUUGCAUUCUUCUUCCACGACCCCGUCCGCGUUUCGGCGGCCAAGCUCAUCCCGCAGCUGCUGAAUUCCUUCAAGAAGGCCCACGGUGACCAGUCCCCCGGCUUUGCUGAGAUGUGGAGCAAGGUCGCUGAGAAGAUCAUCGAGGUUCUCAGUGCGGAGCCUACUGUCGACACUCUCGCCGAGAUGUACCAGUGCUUCUACGAAUCCGUUGAAGUCGUUGGUCGCAACAGCCUCACUCCUCAGCACAUGCAAGCCUUUGUCGACUCCGCUAAGUCCACCCUCGAGGACUACCAGAUGCGGGUGAAGCAACGCCUGGAAGAAAUGGCCGAGUUGGAGGAGGGUGACGAGGACAGCCAAGAGUACGAGUUUGCCAUCGAGGAUGAUCAGAACCUGCUUAGCGACAUGAACAAGGCCUUCCACACCAUCUUCAAAAACCAGGGCGUUACUUUCUUGCCCGCUUGGCAACAAUUGAUGCAGUUCUAUGACAACUUCAUCACCAGCCAAGAUCCUACUCAGCGACAAUGGGCUCUGUGCAUCAUGGAUGAUGUUCUGGAGUUCUGCGGUGAGGAGUCAUGGAACUACCAGGACCACAUCAUGCAGCCCCUGGCUGCUGGUCUCACAGACGAGAACGCCGCCAAUCGCCAGGCUGCUGCAUACGGUGUUGGUGUCGCUGCUCAGAAAGGUGGUCCCAACUGGGCCGACUUUGUGGCUGCUAGCAUUCCCAGCCUCUUCCAGGUGAUCCAGCACCCCCAGUCACGCACUGAGGAGCACGUCUUCGCCACCGAGAACGCUUCCGCUAGCAUCGCGAAGAUUCUCCACUACAACGCCUCCAAGGUACAGGGUGCCCAGGAUAUUGUCACCUCAUGGAUCGAGACCCUGCCCAUCAUCUUUGACGAGGAAGCUGCCCCCUACGCUUAUUCUUUCAUUGCACAGCUGAUUGACCAGCAAAACCCGGCUGUUGUCAGCAAGGCCGACCGCGUUUUUGGAUUUAUCGUGCAAGCUCUUGAUGCCUCGACUCUGCAGGGACAGACCGCCGCACGCGUCGCUGCCUCGGCCAAGCAGCUAGUGGCCGCGACCGGCUUGAACGCCGAACAGAUCCUGGCCGGUGUCAACCCGGACAACCAGGAGCGGGUGCGCAAAUACUUCCAGUAA